AUGAAUUCUUCUGAUCGUGAGCUCAUGGAAAGAGAACAAAUAAGUUUGAUCGAAGUUGUGGAAGCAACAGAUACCAUCACCUGCUUUAAAGUCUCCUGGAAAACAUAUAAGGAACCGUAUCUUCUAAAAAGAAUAAGCCAGUCAGUAUUUAGCAAAGAUGUUUUUGAAGAGCGCAUGAAGUUAUACCAUCCUAAUAUUAUUAAUAAAUACAGAUACUGGAGUUAUGGAAUCUAUUACUAUUAUCUUGUUGAUUUUAUACAAGAUAAUAUUGCUGAUAUAGUCAAAAGACAUGGGCCGUUACAAGAAAACAUGUUCCUUAAUUAUGCUCAAAGCAUGCUCGAAUCCUUAAACUUUUUCCAUAUGAAGAGGAUUUUCUUUAAGAAUAUACUCCCCGCAAACUAUCUUGUUGAUAAGCAUAAUAGGAUAAGAAUGUGUGAUAUUCGCGAAAUGGAGUUAGUGUCAAAUUACAAAUCUUCAAAUGAUGUAUUUAUGCUUGGACAGAUAUUUUAUUAUAUGAUCAGUGGUGUAACACAAGACUCACAUGGGUUCAUUCCUCGUGACCAGCUUUCAGAUAUAAAUGCUUUCGUAAAUAAUAUUACCUUUCCAAGAAAAAUUUCUGGAGAGGUAAAAGACUUAAUUCGACGCUGCUUGAACUUUACAGAAGAGUCAUCAAUUUUUGACAUCCUACAAUGUCAAGCCUUUAAGCAUGUACCUCCUUAUAGGAAAAACAGAAAUAGUGUGUCGUUGAAUCCCAGCGCCACUCCUGUAGCCAUUAACUUCAACAUGAAGCCUAUUGCCAUUAAAUGUGGAAGAAUGAUAUAA